AUGAUUUUUCAUAUCAAGAUUAUCUUUCUACUAAUUUUUCUUUGGAUAAAAAGUUGUUCCGGCGCAGAAAUUUCUAAUUCCCUGUUUCCAAGUACUUUAGGAAUUACGAAUCAAAAUGAAAGUAUUUUCAUAGAACAUCAAAUAGUUUCUAACUCUGAUGUAUUACUUGUUAAAUGUCCAUCUCAUUUUUACAAACACAACAAUAAUAAUUUUAAAUUUACUGUAAAUGAGCUUAUAAGAGACUUACAAGUAAAAAAAAUUGAUUCAAAGAAUGAUACAAUAAUUUGGUAUUAUAUUGUAAACCCAAAAGCUGAAAAAGAAAAUAUUAGCUUACUUUGUGGAGAAUUAAUUUUUCGUUCAGGCGGAUCUACAAGUUUAAUACAAUGGAUUGUUAAUAUUGUAUGGAAAUCAAAACCAAACCCUUUACUUACUAAUGAUACUUACAAUGCUGAAGGUUCAUUAUAUAGCCCUAAAAAGUGUAACGGCACAAAUGAUUUGCUUCCUUUUAUCAAAUAUAGUAGAACACAAAUUAUUAAAAUGUUUAAUGAUAAAGUAGAUAAAGUUUAUAAAGGUGACAUUCUAUAUGCUUUUGAUUUAACAAAAGCUAUUGGUCCAAUAGAAUAUCUUCUCCCCUGUAGUAUUGACAAACCUUACCACUCUUCUCCUGUGAUUGGAAUUGAAGAUCAUCAACCAGAAGAAAUAAAAUUUGAUAAUACAAAGAUAAGAUAUAUUAAAAAAAAUAUUAAUAAAGAAAAAUUUAAAUUUAAGUUGGAUAUCAUUAAGCAUUCACAUCAUAAGGAUUUCUUUAAAUAUGAAAAUGUCAAAGCAACUAUAAUGACUUUUACAAAAAAAGAAGGACUAAAAUUAGAUAUAAAUAAAGAUGUCAUUGAAAAUGAGAUAAUUGUUAAUUCUUAUGAGAUUGUUAAAGUUCAAUAUACAUGUGACAGCUGUUCAGAAAAUAGUACUGAUUUACGAACAUUUGAAGAAACAUACUUCUUUGCUCCAAAAAAAAAUUUAAUUGUGAAAGAAAAAAUUUCACAUUUUAUCAACGAACUGGAGUAUAAACCUAAUUGUUCUAUAAAUGACUACAAAUUUGCCUAUUUCUAUUAUGUAAAAUUUGAAAAUACAAAAAGUACCAUUGAUGAACUUCGCGAUAAUGGAAAUAAAAAUUUUGUAUUAGAGAACAAUAAAGUUUUAUACAAUAAUAAAAAUCCAAAUGGAAUUUUGUCAUGUGUCUAUAAAAUGGUAAAUGAAGAAUACACUGUUUCACAACAAUAUGAAUUAAAUGUGGAAGGAAUAAUAAAAGUAGAUGACGAUGGAAAAAAAUAUCUGGCUACCAAAAAGUCUUUACAAGAUUCAAAAAAUGCAAACAUAACAAUAAUCGCCAUUGUUAUAGGAACUAUUUUAAUACUACUUAUAAUUUUAAUAAUUUUCCUCUUCUUUUCAAGGGUAAAAAUUAUGAAAUUUUUAAAUAAACGAAAAUUACAAAAAAAUUAUCCAAAUGUAUAUAAAUAUUGGGAAUUUGUUAAAGAUAUAGAAUUUGAAAAAUUAGCCCAAAUGAGGACUGAUGCAUUAUAUGUUCCAGAAAAACUUAGAGAACUUAUUGAAAAAAAAGAAAUUAUUGGAGGUGAAGAAGUUGUAGUAAAGAAUAAAGAUUUAUUUAAGGAUACAUUAGCACUGUCUCAACGAAAUGUUAAAUCACCUAUUAAUGCAUACUAUGUUAAUAUGGAAUUUCAGAACAAUGUACUUUUUUUAUCAGAUGCUCCAAAUGAAAAAGAUUUUAACAAAUUUUGGAAUAUGAUAUAUAGAGAAAAGAUUAAAGUAAUCAUCUCGAUAAGUAAUAGAGUUAAUGAUAAAAAUGUUGUAAAUGGAGAAUAUUGGCCUUCUGAAGGAAAUGUCCAGAAUUUUGAUGGUUUUACUGUUAAAAAUGUGUGCAAAAAAGAUGUUAAGGUAAUUGAUACUAUUGCAUGGUCACUAGAAAUUGACGAUAAACGUGAUACAGUUAAUUCUAUAUACCUUUAUCAAGUUAAUGGAUGGAAAAGCAAUAGUAUUCCUGAAUGUCUUGGGCAAAUAAUAGAUCUCUUUGAAAGUGUUAAUCAAUUAAGUGGUGUUGAACCAAUUUUAAUUCAUUCAGAUGGUAAAGCUGGAUCAAGAGUCUUUUUAUUUACAUAUUUUUCUGGGAUUGUUAUGGCAUUAAAAAAAAGUAAAAUUUAUAAAGAUCCAUUUUUAAUGAUAAAACAAGUACGUGAUCAAAGAGAAGGUGGAAAUAUUUCUGCAAUGGAUUUUAUUGUUUUGAAUGUUUUGAUUGUGGAAUAUUUUGUAAAAAAUAAGAUUAUUAUGAAAAAUGAAGAUUAUCUGGCAUUUAAGGGAAAAUAUGAUGAUUAUGUAUACUCAUUUCGUGCUAAAGAAAAUUCACUGAUAUCGGAAAUAAGACCAUUCUUAUUAUAUAUUUUAUUUUUUGAUGAAAGCAAAGUUAGAGAAUAUGAACAUCAUGUUCAAGACUUUAAUAGUCAAUAUAAAAUAGGAACGAAUGAACGUUGUACAAAAUUCUUGGAAGCUUUAAAAUAUCAAGAAGAUUUGAAACAACCACAAAAAAAAGUAAUUCGUUAUAAUGACAUAAUGUGCAAUGAUAAAAAUAUUGUGGAAACAGGUUUAACGAGCUCAUUCAAUGGACAUCCAUAUCCAAAUUUUAUCAAUGCUAAUUAUAUUGAAUAUACUGGAACUUAUACAAAGAGAAAAAGAAAAAUUAUUAUGUGCCAAGCCCCAAAUAUUGCUGGUGUUGAACAAAUGUAUUCUAUGUUAUAUACACAAAAUGUUGGUCUUCUUGUGAAUCUUUGUUGUGAUUUAGAAUUAAAAACGGGUAAUAAGAAUAUAGAAGAAGAUUUGAACUGGCAUGUUUAUUAUCCUACAAAAGUAGAUGAAAGUAAAACUGUAGGUGUAAUGAAAAUUACACAACAAAGUGUCAUUAAUGAGGUUCAAAAGAAUGUAACAGCUGCAUGCUACGCUCUAGAAAACACAAGUAAAAAAGAUUCUAAAAAUGUAUUUUUUAAUUUGAUUCAUUAUAAUGGAUGGACUGAUAAAGAUAUUCCAUCAAAUCAUAUGGAAUUAUAUAAUCUAUAUAAGUAUAUAAUGUCUAAUAGUGGUGAAAGACCCAUUGUUAUACAUUGUAGUGCUGGAAUAGGAAGAACUGGUACAUUAGCUUUGCUAAUAUAUAUGAUUGAUAAUAUAACAGCAGAAAGAUUUUUUGAUCCAAUAUUAUGUUUGAGAAAUUUACGUGAAUCAAGAUAUCAAGCUAUUCAAACUAAUAGCCAAUUUAAGUUAGCUUUACUUUGUGUAUUUGAACAUUUUAAAGCUGAAAUUCAUAAAUUAGAUGAGGAACUUUUUGGAAAUCUUAAGAUAUGGUUAAGAUAA